AUGAAACCAAAGAAUCACUUCAAGCGCUUGUCAUGCUUCCUCUUUGGACCACCUGGUACCGGGAAAACCAUGAUUGCAAAAGCCAUUGCAAACGAAGCUCGAGCUAGUUUUAUAAACGUGUCCAUGUCCACAAUCACUUCAAAAUGGUUUGGCGAAGAUGAGAAGAAUGUGAGAGCUUUGUUCACCUUAGCAGCCAAAGUGUCUCCAACUAUUAUAUUUGUGGAUGAAGUGGAUAGCAUGUUGGGGCAGAGGACAGGAGUUGGAGGGCAUGAAGCUAUGAGGAAGAUUAAAAACGAGUCCAUGCCACAUUGGGAUGGGCUUUUGUCGAGUUCAGGUGAUAGGAUUCUUGUUCUUGAAGCAACAGAGGAGAGAGUCAUAACGUUGAAAGCUUUGAGCAUGGAAGACAUGAGAAUAGCUAAAAGCCAAGUAAGUCAAGGCAACUUAGUGGUGUUUGAUGAUCUUGUCACAACAAAACUUACUGAUUUGCAUUUGCAGGUUGCUGCAAGUUCUGCAUCAGAAGGAGCAGGGAUGAACGAACUGUAUGGAGAAGGAGGCUCCAGGAAGAAGGAACAGCUUUUUUACUCCCUCUAA